AGCAAAGCGAUUCCACUCGGGCUGUACAACACAUGACUGGGGUAUAUAAGAUAUUAUAACUCCCCUGGUGUACUAUCUACCCAACUAUCGCCCUCCGACACGGAUGGUCUCUUAAAACAUACAUGGUCCCCGAUACAGUUAGCCCUCCGGGAUAUAACUCCGAUGUUGCAAUAUACCAAGUCUACAUCUAACCCACAGUCUCCCAUACACACAUUCAUCAUGUAUUCGUCACCGCUUCAAGAAUUCACAUACAAAUCCACGGACACACACUGCCAUCAUCCCAUCAACGCCACAGCUAUCCACAGAAGUAGUGGAAGAAACUUUUCAGGACAAAUUCUCUCGAAGUUGACAUGAAAAUGCCGGAACAGGAACAGCAAGAGGAACAACCAGAAAUGGAGGCUUGCAUGAGCUACCUGGCGCGGCGCAAGCCGCGGAAAUUUUUGAUGGAUUUUAGUUAUUUGGACAUGAUUUGGUCUGAGGACACAAAGCUAAUUAUACGAGCCGGUGAUUAUCCACCAGUUGUAAUAGACUCUCCAAGUCGCCUGGUAUCGAUGGGCCAAUUCGAAAAAGGUGGAUUUAGAUCAUGUGAUACAUGUGAAUUGAAGGCUGACCGAGGCUACCUACUAUGGACCAAUCCAAGGGGAUCGAUCGAAGUCAGGUUUAAAUAUGGAACACAAGGAGAUGACUUCAGUUGUUACAUCGACCCCCAGCACCAAGGGGUAAGGAUAUACGAAAACCGAGGCUUCAAGAAGACCCAAAUCAUUGAUGGAAAAAAGCCAAUUUCGGGGAGCGUGGACCCCCACCACAUCAAGACCCCGGUGCGUCCAGGAGAAAAUAACUUCGAAUUCCGCUCUCUGAGCGGAGAGGUCCGACUGGAAUUUGAAGUCAUUCGCGAUCCAGACUUUCCCAAACCGAAGGCUUUUAAGUUCAAUUACGUUCUCGCGCUGUGAUUUUGACGUUGAUACCUUACGACGCUAAUGACACAGGCGACGUGUUUAAUGGCCAGGAAUUCGAGCCUUGAAGACGCCAAGGGUUCAAAAGUGACCCUGCUGCUUUAGUCAUCUGCUGUGAAAAUAUUCGUUGCCUCUUCGUGAAUUAGGUGUUUGGGAUAAUUAUUGGAGAAGUGUUGGUGUGGAGUAAUUUUUGUCGCUUGUUUCUGAUUUUGUUUAAUUGUAAGAGGUUGGGUGUUGGCAGGAGACCUGAUCAUCCAAUAUAAAAUCGUUCUAAAUACAGAAGGCUAUAGCGUCAGGAGCGUCUGAUGGUGCGCCGAGUUUUACAUGCAGUCAGCUCGGAGUUGACAUUCCAAUGUACCCAAGAUCAAUCUUUUAUGCAACAAUUUCAAAACAAACAACUAUGAUUUGCUGUAAGACAAGGGGACAUAUUCAGAGAUAAAUGAAUGAUGAUGCGUCAGAACAUGAAUAUGUAAAUAUCUGCAGCCCGGAGUAUCCCUUUAAGUGAACGAAAAACACUCCUUGUGUUAUUUCAGUAAUAGGGGUAUAUACCAAACUAUCUGUUUUCAAUAUUUUCCUUUUUCUAUUUCUCUUUCUUCUCAACAUUUUCUUCUCUUUAUCUCAUUGAAAAUUGUAAUUUUUCCCCGACAUUAGUGUCGAAUUGAGCCAGCUAGCCGUUGAUCUGGGAUCCUGAUAACAUCGACAUUAAGAUUUACGAUGGUUCAUGAAAGCAAAUUAACACCUCCAGGGGCCCUUUCAUAAAACACGGUUUGUAAGUUUAAAGUGGCUUUAAGAACAACUGGUGAUCUUUUCUUGUGGUAAAUGAUUAAAAUGUUCACUGGUGAAUAUUUAGCGUGCAAGAAAGGUAGAAAGGUUCGCCAUUCGUUCUUAAAGUCUUUCUUAAAUUACGAACAGCUUUAUGAAACACCCACCAGAGCAGAUAUCCUUGUACCCUGCCUGGCGCACACUAGGUAGUGUAAAUGUUCCGUCAUACACAUAUACUCCCCAUAGAAUCUGAAUAAUAUCAUAAAACCAGGGUGGCGCAUUACAUGCGCAGAAGCACUAUCCGAGCACUGCUCGGCGAGCAGCCGUUCAUCAAGCUACCCAAAUCUCCCUGACGCAUUGCGUGCCGUCACGAGUCAGCCUCGGACUCUCGAUCUCAGUUUAAGCAUGGACCUACACAUGGUUUAAGUAUAUCAAACUAGAAUGUAACGCACAAGCUCGCAAAAGUUUAUUGAAAAAAGUAUUACUUAGAUUUCAAUUUUAAAUGUCUGCCCAUUAUAAGAGAGAUGGGUACAUCAAAUUAUACUUUUAGUUACGUGUAACAAUAUUUUGUUCUCUUUAUGUGUGACCACUGUGAUAUGCAAUGUUACUUUUAUGUUAAUCACAAUUUUUGAUGUAUAUAAAACGAGUCUCAUCAUGGAAAUUGCGACAGCUUUCCAACGUAUCGUGACACAUUAUUU